UUUUCAUCUGUUUCAAGAUGACUUGCGAGGUGAAACCCUCCUUCCUCUCGUCGAUUUCUCAUAGCGUCUUCUGGAUUUCCUUACUUUUCUGAAGUUCAUUAAGUUCUGGGUUUUAAAACAUGGCUUCUCUGAGGGAUUUUCUCCCACCAGUGAAGUCAAGUGGUACUGCACAUUAUGACCACUCAAAUGACCCAUGGUUUAAGAACAGGUAUAGUGCAGAUGAGGUGGAGAAAACUGCGGCAAUAAAGGCGAAUCCAGUGCUCCCUUAUUUGAAAAGAGCUGGAUUUCGGCCAUCUAAGCUUGAGGAUUUCGGGGAUGGAGGAGCGUUUCCGGAAAUUCAUUAUGCACAGUAUCCUCUUGAUAUGGGGAGAAAGAAGGACUGGAAACCCGGGAGCAGGACAUUGCCUGUUACUGUCGAUGAGCAUGGUGAUGUGAGGUAUGAUGCGAUUGUGAGACAGAAUGAGAAUUCGAAGAAAAUUGUGUACUCGCAGCAUAAGGAUCUUGUUCCCAAGGUUGUGAUGGAUGAAGAAGAUGAAGAGAUGGAUGAGGAUGAGAAGGAGAAGAUAAUUGAGGACACUACUUUGGCGACAAAAUCAGCACUUGAGAGGAUUGUGAAUGUACGGUUAAGUGCUGCACAGCCCAAAAAUGUUCCGGCUCAGUCUUCAGAUUCGAAGUUUAUUAAGUACAAGCCAUCACAGCAGUCCGCGGCUUUUAAUUCGGGUGCUAAAGAGAGGAUUAUUCGAAUGGUGGAGAUGCCCGUGGACCCAUUGGAGCCACCCAAGUUUAAACAUAAGAGAGUUCCUAAGGCUUCUGGUUCUCCACCUGUGCCCGUUAUGCACUCUCCACCUCGUCCUGUGACUGUGAAGGACCAACAGGAUUGGAAGAUACCGCCUUGUAUUUCUAAUUGGAAGAAUCCGAAAGGGUAUACGAUCCCACUUGAUAAGCGCCUGGCUGCAGAUGGUAGGGGGCUUCAAGAGGUCCAAAUCAAUGACAAUUUCGCAAAACUGUCAGAGGCUUUGUAUGUUGCAGAACAGAAGGCUAGAGAAGCAGUUGCAAUGCGGUCUAAGGUGCAAAAGGAGAUGAUGAUGAAAGAGAAAGAAAAGAAGGAGAUGGAGCUUCGUGAGCUGGCCCGGAAGGCAAGAUCUGAGCGAACUGGCAUUGCACCUCCAGCAUCAGCCCCUACGGUUUCUGAAAGGGGGGCCUUGAAUGAUGGUAUGAAUGUGGACUUUGACCGUGUAAGAGAUGUACCAAAGGAGAAUAGGGAGGAAAGAGAUGAAAAAUUACAAAGAGACAAAAUUCGUGAAGAGAGGCGGCGAGAGAGGGAAAGGGAGAGAAGAUUGGAGGCUAAAGAUGCUGCAAUGGGCAAGAAGAGUAAGAUCACGAGGGAUAGGGACCGUGACGUUAGUGAAAAAAUGGCCCUCGGGAUGGCCUCUACGGGUGCCGCCAGGGGAGAGGUCAUGUAUGAUCAAAGAUUAUUUAACCAGGAGAAGGGGAUGGAAUCUGGAUUUGCAACCGAUGAUGCAUAUAACAUUUACGACAAGGGUCUCUUUACUACUCAACCUACCCUUUCUACACUUUAUAGGCCAAAGAAAGAUGGUGAUGCUGAGAUGUAUGGAGGCGCAGAUGAGCAACUCGAUAAGAUUAUGAAGACAGAUCGAUUUAAACCCGACAGAGCAUUUGCGGGAACAUCUGAUAGGGGUGCCCCAAGAGAUAGAGCUGUAGAGUUCGAAAAGGAGGCUGAGGAGGCAGAUCCAUUUGGUUUGGAUCAGUUCUUGACAGAGGUCAAGAAGGGUAAGAAAGCCUUGGACAAAGUAGGCAGUGGAGGUACCAUGAAGGCCAGUGCUGGGUCCACUAGGGAUGGAUUUGAAGGAGGAUCUAGCAGAACAAGACUUCACUUUGAGAGGGGGAGAUAAGUUGAACAUUUUUUGGAGACUGGAACAGUUAAGCAUUGCUGGCUUAGAGUGACACUUCCAAACAUAUUUAUAUAUGCUUUUCAUGGUGCCUUUUGGAGAUUAUUUUAAAUUGUUGAAGUUCCAAGUCUCCUUUCUUUUAAGCUAUUGUACCAUAGUUACAUCUGAAUUCACAUGGGUAGCAUUUUGAUCA